UACGUAGAACGUGAACAAGAAAAGAAGAAACACGACCAGUAGGUCGAAUCACGUUCUUGUUAUUAUUUCGAAAACUUUACAAGAUGAUAUCCGCAAUUCCAAAGGCGCAGGUGAUGUCGGCGAUUUACCAGGUUGUCCCGAAUUCAUUAAAGGCGACCGUGCAGGGAGUGAUCCUCCAGUCGGAGUCUAUAACCGCCCGUCCACCCAUAAUGAAGACGGAUUUCUCAAUGUCAAAACGGACGGCCAAGACCCAACUCCGUGUCACUUCUGGCUUGGCGUCUACCCAACAGGUGCGCUUUGCACACACUGAUAUUCAAGUUCCAGACUUCGACUUUUACCGCAGAAAUACAGUGAAGGAUGCCAGCAAACCGUCUCAAGAGACCGCAAUGGCCAGGAAAGCCUUCACGUAUUUAAUGGUGGGAGGAGGAAGCAUCACUGGGACAUAUGCCGCCAAGGAAGUAGUGUACGAGUUUGUUUCCAGUAUGAAUGCGUCAGCUGAUGUUCUUGCGUUGGCCAAGAUUGAAAUCAAGCUGUCCGAGAUCCCCGAGGGAAAGAACAUAACGUUUAAGUGGAGAGGCAAGCCCCUGUUUGUCCGCCACCGAACGCCCGAUGAGAUCGAGUUGGAGAGUAAAGUCAGCAUGAGUGAACUGCGUCAUGCAGAGCACGACAGCGACCGAACGCAGAAACCUGAAUGGCUGAUCCUUAUUGGAGUGUGCACACACUUAGGUUGUGUUCCGAUUGCCAAUGCAGGUGACUUUGGUGGAUACUACUGUCCGUGCCAUGGAUCUCAUUAUGAUGGUUCUGGUCGAAUCAGGAAAGGCCCCGCCCCCCUCAAUCUGGAGGUGCCAGAAUAUUCGUUCCUUGAUGAAAAUGUUCUUGUAGUUGGUUAACGAAAACCUGACUUUAUUUCAUCUGUUAAUAAUAUAUUAUAUUAUUGUGUGCUGAACAUCACUGCAGGAUUUUUUAUAACAAGGUUUUACUAGGGUUCACUAAGAAACCUGAACUGUUGAUGGACUAUCGAAAUCAUGGGAGGUGUGAAACAAUUGUCAAUAGAGUUGUUAAAGAAGAAUAAAUCUAACUUAGACCA